GGACAUAGCAGCGGAAGCAAGAGCGAGCUUUGACUUGACUUUCCCAAUGGCGCGCUUUCUCUCCCCAGCGUUUCAGGCACUUAUAGGCGCUACCAUGUACUUCGUCUCAAAUUUUUGAUACUCAGCUUCGCACGACUUCAACUCUAUCCGCACACGCAAUUCAAUCUAUUUGUGCCAUUGCGCCUCAUGUUCCAAAACAGCCAGAUGACCGUGGCACAACGACGACGCUGGGAUGACGUCCGGUGUCAAGCGUAGGUAUCCCACGUCAAGCUGCGCGCGCCAGACCAAUCCAACAGCAGACCUGUGUCAUCACGAGCCAGACUAUCGUCUAUUCAGACCCAUCGUCAAGCAUCAAUUCCAUCACACUCUCCUCUCACGCUCACAGCUCCACCCUCUCCCUAGCUCUUCUCUCUUGCGCCUCCUUCUCCUUCUCUUUCCUCUCAUAAUGUCUAGCCGCUCUCUCUGCCAGGCUUUCCGCAUUCCUCUGCAUACCUCCAGGCGGGCCAGGUUUGGCGGCAGCGAUAGCCGCAGCGAUGGCCUGGUCGGACAAUUGACCGCGCAGAGAUCCCUGGCCUCUUGCGCGCGCUUGGGCUUGCCCUUGAGCGGGCGCUGGCUCUGGCGCCUGUGCGUUUGCGUCUGCAUGUGCUGGCGCUGGCGCUGGCGGAGCGUUCUGACGGUCGUGUGUUCCUGUGCCGCCUUGAGCUCCUCUCGCUGGCUCGUCCGGCGCUCGUCGAUCCGUCGAGCCUUGUCCUGGCGCACCCGCCCGACCCCUGGCUCUCGCAUCACCGUUCAACUCCGCAAAGACCUGGGCAAUCCUCUCUCUUUGAGCUUGAAGUACUCGCUCCAAAUUGUUGCGUUGUCCGGCAGCGUCUUGUCCUGCCUGCUGCUCUGCCUGCCCUUGGGCGUGCGCGGGAUUCCUCGCAGCAACAUCUGCAUUAGCAGCAUCAGCUGCCGCUCGUGCUCUUCUUUGUCUGACCUCUUGGAAGACGCCCUGAGCUCCCAAAGCUUCUCUAAGUGCAUCUUGCAAGAUUCUUCGCCUAUCCUCCGGAGGUCUUGCUUGGCCCAGCCUUGCAUCCUCCUCUUCAGCCCUCACAGCAGCUCUGUCCAGAUGAUCCUGCAGCCUUUCCUGGAUGGCUGGCAGAUCGCCCUCGUCGAGCCACUCGCCAGGUGCAAUUCCUGCUCCUCCGUCCACACCAGCACCCGGCAUUCGAUCCGCUCCGCCCACCGGAUUCACCGCGUCUCUCGUCAAUUGGACGAUUGGAUCUCCAGCUUCUCCCCUCUCAUUGACCGGAUAAAGUACCAGACUUCCGUCAUCAUCCAGAUCAAGCUCAAACAAUUCGUCCGUAUGUUCUUGCUGUAGAUGUUCGCCCGGCAAAAACCCAUCCGCUAUGCCUCCCAACGAAAAACCGUCCCCUCUGGUGUGAAAUCCUGAAACGUCAUCAUCUUCCUCCGUCCGUGCAGUAGUCGCGUCUUGCUCAUCAGGCCUCUCCCUCUGCGCGCCCUCUGCAUCGUCAGGACCCCUGGGGUUCGUUGGAACAUACACUAGCUCUUCAUCGAUGUCCUGACUACCCUUCACGUCGCCCACCGACUUGGGCCUAGACGCUGCAGCAGUGGUGGGUCGAGCUUG